GCGCCAUGGAGCAGUGGCGGCAGUGCGGCCGCUGGCUCAUCGACUGCAAGGUCCUGCCGCCAAACCACAGGGUCGUGUGGCCCUCGGCUGUGGUCUUCGACCUGGCGCAGGCGCUGCGCGACGGUGUCCUGCUAUGCCAGCUGCUGCACAACCUGUCCCCCGGCUCUAUCGACCUCAAGGACAUCAACUUCCGGCCGCAGAUGUCCCAGUUUCUGUGUCUGAAGAACAUCCGCACCUUUCUUAAAGUCUGCCAUGACAAAUUUGGACUAAGAAACAGUGAGCUAUUCGAUCCCUUUGAUCUCUUCGAUGUCCGUGAUUUUGGGAAGGUCAUCUCGGCCGUGUCCAGGCUCUCCCUGCACAGCAUCGCGCAGAACAAAGGCAUCAGGCCUUUUCCCUCAGAGGAGACAGCAGAAAAUGAUGAUGAUGUCUACCGCAGCCUGGAAGAGUUGGCUGAUGAGCAUGACCUGGGGGAGGACAUUUAUGACUGUGUCCCAUGUGAAGAUGAAGGGGACGACAUCUACGAGGAUAUCAUCAAGGUGGAGGUGCAACAGCCCAUGAUCAGAUACAUGCAGAAAAUGGGCAUGACAGAGGAUGACAAGAGGAACUGCUGCUUGCUGGAGAUCCAGGAGACGGAGGCCAGGUACUACCGGACACUCGAGGACAUCGAGAAGAACUACAUGAGCCCGCUGAGACUGGUACUGAGCCCCGGGGACAUGGCAGCCAUCUUCAUCAACCUGGAGGACCUGGUCAAAGUACACCACAGCUUCCUUCGGGCCAUCGACCUGUCCAUGAUGGCGGGGGGCAGCACCCUAGCCAAAGUCUUCCUUGACUUCAAGGAGAGGCUCCUCAUCUAUGGAGAAUACUGCAGCCACAUGGAGCAUGCCCAGAACACGCUGAACCAGCUCCUCGCUGGCCGUGAGGACUUUCGGCAGAAAGUCGAGGAAUGCACGUUGAAGGUCCAGGAUGGCAAGUUCAAGCUGCAGGACCUGCUCGUGGUGCCCAUGCAGAGAGUGCUCAAGUACCACCUCCUUCUAAAGGAACUUCUCAGCCAUUCCACUGACCGGCCUGAGAGACAGCAGCUCAAAGAAGCCCUGGAAGCCAUGCAGGACUUGGCCAUGUACAUCAAUGAGGUCAAGCGGGACAAAGAGACUUUGAAGAAAAUCAGCGAGUUCCAGAGCUCCAUUGAAAACUUGCAAGUGAAGCUGGAGGAGUUUGGGAGGCCGAAGAUAGACGGCGAGUUGAAAGUCCGGUCCAUAGUCAACCACACCAAGCAGGACAGGUACUUGUUCCUGUUUGACAAGGUGGUCAUUGUCUGCAAGAGGAAGGGCUACAGCUACGAGCUGAAGGAGAUCAUCGAGCUGCUCUUCCAUAAGAUGACCGAUGACCCCAUGAACAACAAGGACAUCAAGAAGUCUCACGGGAAAAUGUGGUCCUAUGGCUUCUACCUGAUCCACCUCCAAGGGAAGCAGGGCUUCCAGUUUUUCUGCAAGACGGAAGACAUGAAGAGGAAGUGGAUGGAGCAGUUCGAGAUGGCCAUGUCAAACAUCAAACCAGAGAAAGCCAAUGCCAACCAUCACAGCUUCCAGAUGUACACGUUUGACAAGACCACCAACUGCAAAGCCUGCAAGAUGUUCCUCAGGGGUACCUUCUACCAGGGCUACCUGUGCACCAAGUGUGGUGUCGGGGCGCACAAGGAGUGUCUGGAGGUGAUGCCGCCCUGCAAGAUCAGUUUUCCUGCAGACUUGGACGCCUCUGGAGCAGGACCAGGGCCCAAGAUGGUGGCUGUGCAGAAUUACCAUGGCAAUCCUGCACCCCCUGGGAAGCCGGUGCUCACCUUCCAGACAGGCGAUGUGAUGGAGCUGCUGCGAGGGGACCCGGAGUCACAGUGGUGGGAGGGCCGACUGGUGCAAACCAGAAAGUCAGGUUAUUUCCCAAGUUCGUCUGUGAAGCCCUGCCCUGUGGAUGGAAGGCCACCCAUCAGCCGGCCGCCGUCCCGGGAGAUUGACUACACUGCAUACCCCUGGUUUGCUGGCAACAUGGAGAGGCAACAGACAGACAAUCUGCUCAAGGCCCAUGCUAGUGGCACCUACCUGGUCCGAGAGCGGCCCGCCGAGGCCGAGCGCUUCGCAAUCAGCAUCAAGUUCAAUGAUGAGGUGAAGCAUAUCAAGGUGGUGGAGAAGGACAACUGGAUCCACAUCACAGAAGCAAAGAAGUUUGAAAGCCUCUUGGAGCUGGUGGAGUAUUACCAGUGCCACUCACUCAAGGAGAGCUUCAAGCAGCUGGACACCACGCUCAAGUACCCCUACAAGUCACGGGAGCGUACAGCCUCCAGGGCCUCCAGCCGGUCCCCAGCUUCCUGUGCUUCCUACAACUUUUCUUUUCUCAGUCCUCAGGGCCUCAGCUUUGCUUCUCAGGGCUCCUCCGCUCCCUUCUGGUCAGUGUUCACGCCCCGGGUCAUCGGCACAGCCGUGGCCAGGUACAACUUUGCUGCCCGGGACAUGCGGGAGCUCUCACUGCGAGAAGGCGACGUGGUAAAGAUCUACAGCCGCAUCGGCGGGGACCAGGGCUGGUGGAAAGGCGAGGCCAAUGGGCGGAUUGGCUGGUUUCCUUCAACAUAUGUAGAAGAAGAGGGCAUCCAAUGACAGCAAGAACUCAGACAAGACUUGCAGAUUUUCUCGGAAGAGUUGCUCCAGCUCUGAAGUCGAUCUCUAGCUCUAUGACUCAGAGGAAAAA